GAAUCGAAAAGAGCUCUAGUUGUGGCGAGUCGUAUCGAACCUUUACACGAAGUGUUCUGGUGUGAUGGCAAAAUAACAAAGGAGCUACCCGACCUGAAAACUAUCAAGGCUCGGGUGAAUACCUCGUUGGACGCUCUACGGAAGGAUCAUCGGCGUUACCUUAAUCCGACUCCGUAUAAGAGAAAUCUAAAAUGGCUGAAGAAAGACUCGCCAUUCCUAUCCGUAUGGGAUAAGACCGGAAUAUGCGAGCUGGCAGAUGGACUGCACACAGCCGGCCUCACUCUUGUGGCAUCCGGUGGUACUGCCGUAACCUUACGAGAACAUGGGUUGCCAGUGAAAGAUGUCUCCGAGAUUACCAAAUUUCAAGGAAAUGCUGGGUGGACGGGUGAAGACGCUCCAUCCGGCAGUUCACGGUGGAAUUCUGGCCAGGGAGAAGUGCGGAGGAUCGUCGUGAAAUGG